UUUGCCAUGAAUUGGAAGACGAGCAGUGGUAGGUAGCUGUAGCCUUUUAAUGUUAGGCUGUAGGCUGAAGCUGCGAUGACAUGUUGCAUUGCUGCACAUGAACAACGGGGAGAAUCUCCGUUCCUUUCCUAUCUACGAAACUGAAAGCUGCUGAAGCUGAUUUGAGGGUCCGCUCGCAGGAUUAACGCUGCUGCAACACAGAAGAGACUGUGUGUUCCAUGGUUUGCAUUUCGCAGAGAUUGAGCGUUGGGGAGGUAAACCCGAUCACCUGGAUACGACCAGCGCUGUAGGUGGCACACCCUUUCAGAAGCUUUACUGCUAACUUCGAAUGGCGGCUACUUGAUACAAACUCCGUCUAUGCAGGAGUAAGGGCCCGCUUGCAGAUUAUCACUCCCCCUGUACAUCAAAUUGGAAACACAGUCACAUCAUGUAGUCAAAGACCUGCUUUGCAAAGGAAGCGGUGACCGCUGAACCCCCUGUAAGACUUUGAAUGGACCUCUCUGAGAUUGAGUGGGUCGAUGACAAGGAGUGGGCGGCACUGGAACAGGCCAUGGCUGCUGCCGUCCAGCAACGUGAUGCUCAUCGGCGCAAUGGGGUGGUCAAAUCUCACUUUGACAACGCAAAGGCUGUUUGCCAACCGUCCCGCCUGGAACCAGUCAAAACUCCAGAGAGGAGUAAGCUUGAAGCACAAGGGAAAGAUUUGCAAACAGGAGAGACAUCUGAUUCCAGGAAUACUGCUAGUGGGACAAGCUUUCAGGCAACCGAAGCUCCGCGCAGCGGUGGUGUAGCGGACCACUCUUUGGGGUCAAGUCAGCACGAGUGGCCUGAAGCGAUGUCGCUCUCAGAGUGGGUGCCCUCCCAACGGGGCUUCCCUGGCUUCUGGCCUGAUCACGCGACAGCUGGCGCUAUGGGUGCGACAGCUGGCGAGCGCUGUGUGACGGCCGCCGAGAACCGUGCGACAGCUGAGGAAGGCUAUGUGAAAACUGGCAAGGAUUGUGCAACAGUUGGCGUGGCACAAGUACAGAAAUGGACGGGAGGUGGACUGGGUGAUGCAUCGCAAGAGCCGGUCGGCCUUGCCUCGUCUGGGCGGCGAGACGGGCCCAAGAGUGGAGCGACGCCAUUGGCGGCAAGUGCAUUCACAGUGCCCCGCCCUGUUGCUGCAAUCAAUUCCUCUGGAAUAGCAGCGCCAGUCCCUGAGAGCAAUUCAAGUGCCCAGCCUCUUCCCCAAAUCUGCCCAGAUCCCGAUUCACUUCCAGAUCUUCCGAAAACCAUCGGAGACCAAACCCUUCCAAAGUGCGGCCAGGACGAUGGUCUCAGCGUCCGCCAGCUGCCCGCCUGGCUGACAUCAGCAAGGACGGCGGGGCCCCCCCAGGAGUGCACGCUACCGAUCAUGCGGUUCGGGGGAAGGAUUGUGUAUGCGGUCAGUCCCCAGGAAGUGGAAUGCUCCGCUCGGACGUUGCUGGAGGACUUGAGGGGGGGCGAUGCGUGCCUGGGGUUCGACAUUGAGUGGAAGGUGACGUUCAGGAGAGGCGAGACCCCUCAGAAGGCUGCGCUGAUCCAGCUGUGCCCCAGCGGGGCCUGCUGCUACCUCUUCCACAUCGCGCAUUCUGGGCUGACGUCAUCCCUGCGGGCCUUGCUUGACGAGCAAAGCGUUGGGAAGGCUGGCGCCGGCAUUUACGGAGACGCCCAGAAGCUGCGCCGAGACUUUGGCGUCUCGAUGGGGGGCCUGCGGGACCUGAGCGACUUGGCCAACGAGCGGCUGCAGCCGAAAGACGGCCCCAGGAAGUGGAGCCUUACGGCGCUCGCGCAAGAGGCGAUGCUGCAGCAGGUCGAGAAGCCGCCCAAGCAGCGCAUCAGCGACUGGGAGAGGCUCCCGCUCUCACCCGACCAGCGCCAAUAUGCGGCCACCGACGCGUAUGCUUCACUUCGCCUCUACCAGGUCCUCAUGUCGCUGCCAGCCCCUCCUCCCCGGCCCAUCCUCCGGCCACUUCCCCAGUCUGAGCUUAACUCUCUCGUUAACCCGGGGUUUAACCCGGGGCCUAACUCAGAGCUUAACCCGGGGGCAGAACCCACCUCGGAAGCAUGGAUCCCCGCAGUCCCCGAGCCGUCUUACCUUGCGCCGUCCAAAAUGGACGUUCACAGGUUGCAUUUGGACGGGUUAACGAUCGAAGAGAUUGCGGUUAAGAAGGGGGUAAGGGUAACCACGGUCGAGAGCUACUUGGUUGAAGCAACCCAGGCGGGGCUCGCGUACGCCUGGCAUCGGCUCGGGGUUAGCGACGCUGUUAGGGAGCGGAUUGAGCGCGCGGUCAAGGCGGAGUUAGAAGUAACUGAGGGCGGGGCUGAGGUAGAAAAUCGGGUUGGGCAAGGUUUAGGCGAGAGCGGGUUAGUAGAGGACCCCGGGCAGCCAAACGAGGUUGAGGAGGGGUUAAAUAGAAGUUUAGUAGGAGGGAACCCUGGGGCGCCGAGCGAAAGGGGUCGUGGAGUAAGUUCCCAGUUUGCUGGCAUUGCCCAGCCGCUCCUUAAGGGCGCCGAAAGCUGUUCCGAAGACAGAUGGGCUGGAGGGAGCUUUGAUGGGCUCAGGAUGACGUCAGCAGGGGACAAAAGCGCGGAUUGCUUUGACAAGAUAAGGUUGAAGGCGGUUAUGGAGAGGAUACCGCCCGAAGAGAGCGUGACCUUUCCGCAGGUUCGGUUGGUGGUGGCGCAUAUUGCGAGGCAGGCCGGCGCUAAUAUGAGGCGGCAAAAGCGGAUGCGGUUGCUUGAGUCCUGUGAGCCUAAUUAAUCUAGUUGGUCUAGGAUUCGGUGGAACUGGACGCUUUAUGCGCAUACAGUGUCCUUGAUGAUUGCGUAGUCGUUCUUCGAAAUCUUGAUUUGUGUAUGCUUCCUUUGGCGGCGCAGGGCUAUCUGGUUGCUUCAAACGAUUGUAAGGGCCUCGAUCACUGCUUCAAUCCAGGAUUCAUAUCUUGUCGUACUUUGGAUUCAACAGAUUAAGGGGGUUGGAAGCCUUAGGGUAUUUGUCACCUAGAUCGAUCCUUCAACAAUCAGUAUGGACAACGACUUAAGUAAUAUCAUCAUGCAUGCUCCGGGCGGUUAGCCUUGUUUGGCCCAAGAUAAGGCAACU